AUGUGUUCAAGCGCUUUCACUGUCUGUCUCAUUUUAAUAUCGAUCUCAUUCUCUCUCUCUCUUUCUCUAUCUAUCUAUCUAUCUAUCUAUCUAUCUAUCUAUCUAUCUAUCUAUCUAUCUAUCUGUACUCUUAUUUCUAUUAUCUCAUCUUCAUAUCUAUCUAUCUAUCUAUCUAUCUAUCUAUCUAAGGCUCAUCAUAUGUAUCUAUCUAAGUCUCUUAUCUAUCUAUCUAUCUAUCUAUCUAUCUAUCUAUCUAUCUAUCUAUCUAUCUAUCUAAGCUGUUCAUAUCUAUCUAUCUAUCUAUCUAUCUAUCUAUCUAUAUAUCUAUCUAUAUAUAUAUAUAUAUAUAUUUAUUAUCUAUCUAUCUAUCUAUCUAUCUAUCUAUCUAUCUAUCUAUCUAUCUAUCUAAGGCCCUUCAUAACUAUCUCUCUGUCAACCAAUGUAAAGCUGUUCAUAUCUAUCUAUCUAUCUAUCUAUCUAUCUAUCUCAGGCACUUCAUGUCUAUCGAUCUCGAUUUGUUCAUGUCUGUCUCGCUGUCUUUCUCAAAAUGAAUCAAUCAACCUCUUCAGCCUAAUCUAUCUAUCUAUCUAUCUAUCUAUCUAUCUAUCUAUCUAUCUAUCUAUUACUGGAAUCCGACCUGUGGCCAGGGGCUUUAAAAUACGUCGACUAUUCUGCGGAGGGGUAAUAAUUCCCCUCCCCCAUCAAUGA